UUCCCAAUUAAAACUUUAUGACAGUAUUAUGGAUAUCUAGUGUACAGAAUAGUGCCCAUGUAGCCAAUACCACACGCUAAACAUUAAUCCUGCCUGCUGGCGAAAUGCCAGUAUGCAAGCCGUAUCUCAUCGAAUGCACCGUUCACAGGUGGACGGCAAGGGUGUCGACAAUGGCGCCAACAGGCACACCGAGCUCAGGCAGGCCAAUACCGAUCAGAAGGCCAGCAACGACGUCCGACAGGGAAACGAGGAGGAACUGGGCACCAUGCUCGACAACGACGAGCAGGCCGUCAACGUCAUGGCCGACGGCCUGGAGGAGCUCGCCGACAGUGCUGGCAGCAGCAACAACCUCACCAACAAUAACACCGACGGCAGGGAGACCGAGACCGCUGACGAGGGCAGUGAGUUCGGGGGAGAGCUGGAGGAGCAGUUCCUCGGAAUCAAGUCCGAUGACGGUGAGGGCUCCGUCGACGACCUUUCCGGCAUCCGAAAGAAGCUGGCCGGUGCCGUCGCGCUUGAGGUGUUCACCGAGCGUAGCAAUGACUUGACCGACGGGGACGGCGAGGGGAGGGAGGAUACCGGCGACGAGAGCAGUGACGGAGGGAGAGAGUUGGAUGAGAAGAGCACCAGUGUCCUCGCCGACCACGACGAGGAGACCUUCCGCAACGGAGCCCAGGUCCUUCAGCAGAUCCCCGACGCUGCCGGCAGUCUUGAUGACCUCGCCAACGGGGGCACCGAGGCCGGUGAGACCAAGGCCGUCGACGAGAGCGGCAACCUCGGGAGAGAGCUCGACGAGCAGCGCCUUGGCGUCGGUCCCGGUGACCGUCAGGACCUUGUUGACGAGCGGACCAAGGUCCGUGAUGAUCUGGCCGGUGGGCGCAUCCGAAGGGAUUGCGAUGGGGGUGAUGCUUGGAGUCGGAGUGACGACGGCCGACGGCAGAGCGCUAGCAGCGGGGGCGGCAAUGGCAGAGCCCGCGAGGAGGCCGAGGGCAGCGAGGGAGAACUUCAUUGUGAAAGGAAAAGAAUGACAGGAGACCCAGUUCUCGAGAGGUGCGGUGAAAGAGUGACGGAGACCUGGUCUGGCCGGGUAUAUUCAAAGAGGAAGACACAACGAGGGACGGAUGGGAAGAAGCAGAAGAAUCCCCGUUGAGAAACCGCUCAUCCCGUCUCUCUUAUAUACAGCAUCCGGAUGAGGAUCGUCGUGGUACAUGGCAUAGUUAUAUCACGCAGUGUCAAUAGUGCGGUAUAGUUCCUGCAUCAACGGAUCCAGGCCACUCCACCGCGUCAAGAGGCCGGCCGAAUCGCCGCUUCUGCAGUCCUGAGUCAAGAGCCCAGUACUGACUAACUUGUAUUUUGGACGCGUCCCACUGCAAGCGUCGGGUUCCACGCGGAUCUUGGUUAAUGCCUCGGUGGUGGGAGCUGACG